CGGAAGCCGUUCCGAAGCCGAGACGCCGCCAGCGGCGCCCGCCCGCCGGGGAUCUGCGAGCUUGAUGACAACCUCCGGCCGGUACCUCAGGCAGACGGCAGAAAACCCAAAGUCUCAUCGCAGAUGGCACACAACGCUGACACGCACGAAUACCCUUGGCAUGCAAUGGAUGAAGGAGGAUCUCCGUGGGACGACGUCCCUUCGACUUCACAGUCCACCCAGGCGGCAGAGAACACGCCGCCAUCAGAAAACACAUCUACCCAAUCCCCCGCACGUCCCACCACCUCCUCCAGCACCGGCGUCAGACCUGCUGCCUCCAAGUCUCGCACGCCCCGCCGAUAUGGCAACCUCGCCCAGUCCACCACCCUCGAGAGUCUCGAUGAUUCCAUGGGACCCUUGGGCCCGCUCGGCGUAGAACCCGUCGAUGAGCCCAUUGCGCCCGCCCCGCCGGUGAAGGAGCUGCCUACAAGAGCAAGACAGUCCACCACCACUUCACGCCCCAGCACCGCCGCCUCCGCCCGCUCCGACGACCACGACUCCACCUCCUCCACCCUCAAUGGCGCGCGAGUACCCCCUCCCAUUCACGCCGCCUCCAACGAUCCUCGCCUGCGUCCGCAGCAGCCUUCCAUGUCCGUUGAGCAGGCCGCAAGACCUACGUUCAACAUCACAGUCGGCGAUCCCCACACCGUCGGCAACGCAGCAUCGAGUCACACUGUCUACAGUGUCAUCACUCGCACCACGUCAAAAGCCUACAACAGCCCCACCUUCACCGUCACCCGGCGUUACCGAGACUUUCUCUGGCUGUACGAGCGAUUGCACGAUAACAAUCCGGGCGUGGUUGUGCCACCGCCCCCGGAGAAGCAAGCAGUGGGCAGAUUCGAUGCGAACUUCAUUGAAUCAAGACGCAUGGCUUUGGAGAGGAUGGUCAACAAGACUGCUGCCCACCCCAUUCUGCAACACGAUGGCGACCUGAAAACCUUUCUCGAAAGCGACGCUUUCAACGUCGACAUCAAACACAAAGACCGCGCCAAAGAUCCCCUACUUGCUUCCGAAUCCUCCGGCGGCUUCAUGUCGACCAUCGGGCUGGGCAGCGGCGGGGGCGGAGGCAAGUUUGUCGAGCACGACGAUUGGUUUCACGAUCGGCGCAUCUACCUAGACGCGCUUGAGAACCAGCUCAAGGCGCUUCAGAAAUCCACCGAUAGCGUUGUCGCUCAGCGCAAGGCUCUUUCAGACUCCUGUGGCGACUUCUCCACCUCUCUCCACGCCCUUGCCGCCGUCGAGCUGUCCCCCGCCCUCUCCGGGCCAUUGGACGCGCUUGCCGAUCUUCAGCUCCGCAUCCAAGAACUCUACAGCCGGCAAGCGAUGCAAGACAUCCUCACCAUCGGCAUCGUCAUCGACGAGUACAUCCGGCUGAUCGGCAGCGUGCAAAAGGCGUUUACGCAGCGGCAGCGCGCCUUCCACGCCUGGCAUUCGGCCGAGAGCAAGUUGGCGGACGUGAAGAAAAGUCAAGAGAAACUGCUUCGUGCGGGUCGCAGCCAGCAGGACCGCAUUGGGCAGAUGCAGGCGGACGUGUCGGACCAGGAGCGCAAGGUGCACGCCGCGCGGUUGCUGUUUGAGGACAUGGGACGGCUGAUGCGGGCCGAGCUGGAGAGGUUUGAGAGGGAGAAGGUGGAGGAUUUCAAAUCAGGGGUGGAGACUUUUCUGGAGGGGGCGGUGGAGGCGCAGAAAGAGCUCAUCGAAUUGUGGGAGACGUAUCUGCUUCAACUCGAUGCUGACGAUGACGGCUCGCCCAUCAUGCCCGUUGGCGUCCAGCUGGAUGCGGCGGCGAGUGGAGCAGGAGCAGCAGCAGCAGCGGACGUCGUGCAGGCGCAGGGACAGCCUGAAGCGCCGACGCGGAGCGAAGCGGCAAACGCGGAACUACAAACGCACGAGGGUGAAGUAGAGUCGUCGAUUGCUGAAGAAGGCAGGAACAGGCUGGACGGCGAAGCUACAGACGCCACGCCCCAUAGCGACGUGCAUGACGAUACGGCGCAGCCUUGAUCUCCUGACGGCGCGCCUGAUGAUGGAAACAUUUUCGCUCGUCUCCCUGCGCUUGCUUCUUGCGGUAUGUACGGAGACGGCGACGAACACCAACGAGCCGUACCUGGGGUUUACAUACGUAGCUAGCCUGAAUGUAGCCAAGGCGGUCUAGCUGAAUGCGUGCGGUGUGGCUGCCAACGGGCGUACGGCCGAAAGGUGUUGCACUCUACCAAUAAUGUACAGUGGUCGACAUUCCACGACUGAUAAGAUAGCGAAGC